AUGGACAUGAGGCGUCGCGAGCUAGAGUUCGUUGUUAGUGACGGGAUAUUCUUGAAAAUGUCGCCAAUGAAGGUCGAAAGGCAGUUUGAUGGAAAGGGUAAGAUGAGACCUCAUUUUAUAGGCCCUUAUAAUUGUGAGAAGGAUGGAGAAGGUGGCUUACGAGUUGAAGUUACCGUCCGAGAUGUCUAUGGUGAAUUUGUGUUUCACAUUUUGAUGUUGACGUUAUAUAAACCUGAUCCUUCACAUAUCUUGACUCAAGAAAAGAGUGCGGUCAACGAGGGGUUGUCUUAUGAAGAAAAGCCUGUGCAAAUCAUAGAUCGUCAAGUUAUGAGGUUGAGAACUAAAGAUGUAGCUUCUGUUAAAGUCAUGUGGCAAAAUAAUAAUAUCGAAAAAGCGACUUGGGAAGCAUAG